GUCAAACCGGCCAAUGGAGGGGAGGCCUGAGGUUGCUAAGGUUACUGAUGCUGUGAGGAGACCCGGCGGAGUGGAAGAAGGGGAGGCUGCGGUUCCUUCAGGCCAGGCGGGCGUUUGCAGGGGGGCGGCUGUUGGGUGUUAAGAUGAGUGGAAGGGACCCUCGAGGAUUUACUACAUCUCCCAGGAGUAGUGAUAUAGAAAGCUUGGUGGUUCGUAUGAAAAAUGGCCUUAAGAGUUCCAAGUAUAAACCUGUUGACUACGAGCAGCUACUUGCAAUGACUGAAGCCAAGAAAUUGGAAUCUGCUAACAUCCUGUUAAAGAUUAAAAAAACUGAACACGCUUCAAAAAUCAACAAAGAACAAAUGCUGCAGAAGCGGCAUAAACAAGUGUGGUGGUCAGAGCACAAAAGACUGCAUAGAACCCGGAAAAAACUAGAAUCUGAACUACAAAACUUCUUCGAUGAAGGAAGUGAAUGGCUUUUGGACUUGUGGAGCUUCAAGUAUCAGUUAUCAAAGGAACUGGAAACAUUCCAAGCAAACACAGUACAACCUAUCUGGCAGCUUAGGGAAGAUUUAAGGUACCGCCUGUUGGAAUGGCAGGCCAACCGCCAAAGCCAAGAAUAUCAAUUUAACCCAGAUGCAGUGUUGGAACAGGUUGCAUUUGUGAAGGAACAACAGAAAGUAGUUUUGGAAAAACUUAACCUGGAGAAAGAAGCUUUGGAAAGAGAGCUUGAAGAGUGCACCAAUGAAGCACUGGCAUGUUCUUCAGGAGAGAGGCCUACACUUUUUUGCGAGAUUCCACCACAGUUAUUGGCCUUGGAAUGCCCGUAUCCUGAUUUGAAGGCUUCAGUGUUGACAGAAUUUCACAAACUGGCAGAUGAAUAUUGGUUGAAGUUCCAAGAGAUUGAUCAAGACUUAAAAGUCAUAUCAAGCAAUUUCCAGUGGAGUGAGGAAGAUCUUUGGGUUUAUCAGGUGAUCAUUAGUCAGUACCCUAGUGACAUGCAAGGCAGAAGAACUCUUUACUUGGAUAUGCUGCAGAAACAUCUACCUCACAAGUCUAGGCAAGAUCUCGUUGCUCACGAAAGAGCUUGGGACCACUACCAUUUUACUAGGAAUCAGUGGAGAGCUUUAAUGUUCAACUGGGCUGAGGCUAGGAAAGCUUUUUUACUGAAGGCAGUAAUGACUCUUGCAGAAGCUUGUGCUGCUCAUGAGACAGAAAUUAUGUUGGCUAAUAAUAGAAGAAAACAACAGGAAAUAUGUGCGGAUCUCAAAGAAAAGGUCCUCCAGUGGCGUGUACAGCAGGAAGAGGCUUCCCAACUGGAAGCUGCUAUCGCUGCUAGGAGAAAGGAAGAAGAAGAUGAAAAAGAGAAAUUUCAAAAGGAAAAAGAAAUGCUUCAGAGAGCAGAGGACAAAGAAAAAGUAUGCAAAGUGAAAAGGUACUGGGCUGAAAAGCAGCGCAGGUGGAAGGAACUGGAAGCAAAAGAUCUUCUGCGUUUGGCAGAAUUCAAGAAAUUAUUGGCUCAACAAGUCAUUAAAGAUAAGAAAAGAGUUCAGUUUAGACAAAAGCUUUUGGAAAAGCGCUUGAUGGAGAAAAGAGAAGCAAUACUCAAAGAAGCCCAUGAGGAAGAAGAAAGGAAGAGACGUCUUGAUGCUCUCAGGCAACAGGUUGCUGUUGUUGCAGAGUUUGACCCUGCAAGAAUGAUGGCCGACACAGUGGCAUCUAAAGCUCGGAUGGGCAUUGGAACAGAAGAAGAAUUUGUUCUGCUAAAGCCUCUGUUUGAGUUGCAUACAUUCACUAAUGACCAGAUCAUUUCCGACACCCGGGUUCGUGUGGAGCUAGCUCUCCGAGAAGCUGGACUACAUAAAACACUUUAUGCUCAGGAGCUUUUGCCUAAAAUACCUCCGCCCAAACUUCCAAGGAAAGACAUGGAGUCUGUAGUCUUUAAAAUGUACAAAUAGGCACUAAUCAGAGAUUCAGAAUCUUUUGGAAUAGUCUAUUAAGAAUUCUUGAAUAAACUUUUUUAAUUCAGGAAAUAA